AUGUUAGCCAUAAAACGAUGGCCAUUAAAGCUGUUGUUUCGAUCCCGCAGGUUCUACUGCCUUCUGUGCCUCCUGGCCACUUCCAUUUCGAUGGCCCAGGGUGCCAGCAAUUCGGGAGCGGUUUUGGCCAAGGAUGUGGCCCACAUGCACAAGACCAGGAGGCUGGAGAGGCGAUCGGGAGAUCUGACGGCCAUCAAGCAGCCCAAACAACUGGCCAGAAGCGCUCACGGGCUCAACAAGAAGCUGCUCAGCCAGAUGGGUUUCAUGAAGGUGAAGGCGCCCAAUAGCCACAACCGGAAGCGACUGGCGGUUGAGUCACGACGCCAUUCCUCGCGCGAUGAUUCACACAUGUUCAUCAUCAAAUUGCCGCCAAAUAUGCACUACUAUGCAGGACCCGGUGCGAAGAAUUCCGUCUCAAAUGAGCAGGAGAAGUCUGCUAAAGGUAAAGUUGGCAACGCACCCAACAAGAUGACAGUGGCAGCAGCAGCAACAGCAGCAACAUCAGUGGACACACGAGCAACAUCAAGCACGCCAGCAGCAACAUCUCUUGUUGCCGAGGCGUCGGCGUUGAAAGCUAACGGGAAAAAGGUAUCGUUUCCCUUCAGCUCGAAUGGAAGGCCUGGUAGGAUUUACCACUGGAACCUGCCGGUUCUCAAGGAGGCGCUGGCGAAGAAGCCGCACUUUGCCCAUGUCUCGGCGGCGGAUCGAAAUCGCCUGUUGGACAUACAAAGUGUGCCCACCUGGCGCCAGCCCUGGGAAAAUGAGACCUCGGAGAAGGGUGGUUUCAGCGGUGGGAAGUCCAAGUACCGCAAAUCCCUGAAGCCCAAAUCGCCCACGUACUAUGCGCCCUCGCAGGCGGUCAGCAAGCAGAGUUUCCACAAGUACUUCGCGGGCAAUGGAAAGCCCAAGGGAUUCUAUGUCAUCAAGGAGCACCAGAAGAAGCCGCAGUUCUACCAGAACAUCAUCUCGUAAUCCA